CAAAAAUCACAGUAGUAAGUUGUGUGCUCGGUUCAGUGUGAAGUUUGAAAACGAAACUUCAGUUGGCAGUGGUCCUAUGCAAGAAUUUUUCAGCCUAGUAAUGAAAAUGAUUCCUCAUGGUUUUCCACUGGAUGGUGAAGAAAGGCCCAAAACUCUUGUUUUUCAAGGAGAAAAUGACCAUAAAGUUCCUGUAGCCAACUCAUUAUUUAGAAGUACAUGCUUCUAUAAGUGCAUUGGAAGAAUGAUUGCACAUUAUUUCCUACAUGCUGGAUCACCACUAUUUGGAAUUUCUAAAGUAGUUGUUGAUUAUUUGGUAUGUGACAAAGAUGAGAUUCCUUUAAUAGAAGUUGUGGAUAUACCUGACAUUGACCUGAGGAUUGCAUUGAAUGAGUUGAACAGCCUUGGCAAAGAUGAAGCUCCUGGAACUGCAUUGAAAGAUGUUUUAACUCAGUACAGAGAUGAAGCUUCAAUUUUAGAUACAUCAUUCUCUGGUGCAAAUUGUCAUGUUAUUGCCCAGCAAAUCGUGUUACAUGCAGUCAUUACCCGUAGAAAAUCAAAGUUGCAAGAUCUAGCUAAUGGAAUGAAUGAGUUUGGACUGGUUGAUUUCUCGAAGAAACACAAAGAUGUUGUUCAACCAUAA